AUGAAUAAUGAAACCUCAAUUACUAUGUACGAUUCUAGGCAUUACAAAGACAUUAAUCAGAAUCAUUUGAAGGAGUUUGGAAUAGAGUGGUAUGAUUUUGCGGUUUUUGGCAUGGUUGGUGUGACCAUAAUUUCCUCCAUAUGGGUAUUAUGGAUGAACGAAGCUUCUUCGGGGGCAGGGGCAUGCAAGAAUAACAACAAUACCAAUAACAAGAACAAGAACAACAACAAAAGUGGCGAUUUUGAAGUAAUAAAUCUCGACGAUGACGAUGAUGAUGAGAAUGUUUUGGUGAUGACAACUUCUCGAGGGAAUAAUAAAAAGAUAAAUAAUAAUAACAAUAAAAAUGAAGGGAUGUGUCAGCUAUGGACAAGUUGUUGGAAAGGAGUGCACCCAUUGUGGCUUCUGUUUACGCGUUUCUCCUCGCUUGUCAUCAUGGCUGUGUUGGUGUCCAUGGAUGUUCUUGAUUACGAUGCAUCCAUCUUUUUUUACUACACAGAGUGGACUUUCACUUUGGUCAUGAUAUAUUUUUUGAUGGGAACCGUAGCAUCUGCGUAUGGAUGCUGGCAGUUUUGUAAAAAACCUCCCAUUAAACAUGAAGAAAUGAGUGAGUUUCUUAGAAGAAAUUCAUCACAAGAGAGAAUAUCUACAAAAACCAUUAUUGCUUAUUACGAAGAGACCGAACCCAGUGGUUCCUUCGAGGUUCAAAAAAGUCGAAAUGUAAAAGAUGAGUUUAAACAAGGAGUGGGAUUCUGGGUUUAUGUCGUACAAAUUACCUAUCAGACGUCUGCAGGAGCUGUCGUAUUAACAGAUACUGUAUUUUGGGGUCUUAUUUUUCCAUUCAUGUCAAUUUCUCAUUACAAGCUAAACAUGUUAAUAAUGGGCCUCAUGCAUUCUAUGAAUGUAGUUUUCCUUCUUUUGGAUACAGCUUUAAAUAAUCUUCCCUUCCCUUUUUUUAGAAUAGCAUAUUUUGUGCUAUGGAGCAGUGUCUACAUCAUUUUUCAAUGGAUCAUCCAUGCAUGCGGUUUUACAUGGUGGCCAUACCCAUUUUUGGAGCUUAAUAGUCCAUGGUCUCCCUUUUGGUAUCUCGGUUUGGGAGUAAUUCACUUCCCCUGUUACGCAUUGUAUUCACUAAUAGUUAAAGCUAAAUACGCAAUUCUCAGCAAGCUAUUCCCUCAAGCGUUUUUGAGGUCAUAG